CAUCUUUGUGUUUUAAGGGAUAAUUAUAUCACUUGUAAUUUAGUUUUUAUCAUAACAUAUUUACUAUAUUGCCUGAUAAUAAUGACUGAUAUGAAAUGAACUUAUGAAUUCCUUUGUAAACAGAAAGUCAGUCAGCUACCUGUAGAUGCUGAAACACAAUGCUUUCCCCAGGAUCUCUCCUUAGUCAGGAGUGGUACAGUUCUACUGCAGGGAAAGGAGUCCUAGCAUCUCUCACUAAACAGAAUCUACUGAAAAGAAAACCAUUUGGUAUUUUAGACAAACCUGUCUUACCAGCCAGUGCAGUAACAGAUGAGGUGAAGUACAAGAUUCUUCUGGUGGGGAAAAGUGGAGUAGGAAAGACUAGCACUAUAGCAAAGUUAUCAGGGAACCACAUUCCUACAUCACACAGUGAAACCCCGGGAAUCCAGACCACUACUACUCCAUGGCCUGGGAUGGUAAAACAACUGAACCGUGUCGUGAUGUUUCAGCUGCAGUUCUGGGAUGUUGGUGAUGGUGCUAUGAAGAAGUAUGAACACAUCAAAACGACCUGGGAAAAUCAGGCAGAUUGUGCAAUAUUUCUCUUCAGCUUUGUGGACAGAGGGAGCUUUGAGGAGAUCUCUCAGCAUAUAACCAGAAUGACAAAGCCAAAAAAUAACUUUGCCAAACUUGUUAUUGGAACAAAAUUUGAUCAGCAUGCACACAGUGAGGUCACUCAAAGGGAUAUCAGGGACUUUGAACACAACUGGAAAAUCCCUGUUCUAAAAAUAAGAAAUGUUCCUGACACAGAGACUAAGAAUGACAUGAAUGAAGUGUCUCAGAUAUUGACCACAAUAAGUGAACACCUGUGGCAUCGUGAUAUACUGCUGGCAGGGAGAACUGCUUCUUCCAGUGAUGGGAAAAUUUCAUCAUGUUAAGAAUAUGUCAAGAAUUUUUUUUUCUUACAGCCAUAAAUCAAAACCUGUGUGAUAUAUAAUUGCGAAUAU